AUGACAAUUGAUUGCAUCUUUAUAUUUUGUUUAUGGCCAGGAAUUUCCCAAUUGGCCGUCGUUGUGAACAAGCUCGAUACGGUCGAAUGGUCGAAAGAAAGAUUUAACGAAAUCGUCAACAAAAUGAGUAUUUUCCUGAAACAAGUAGGUUUCAGGGAAGCAGUCACUUUCGUUCCAUGCAGUGGAUUGUCGGGAGAAAAUAUCGUCUCGAAACCAAAAGAAGUUCUGGCAAAUUGGUAUAAUGGGCCCACAUUGGUCGAUAUUAUAGACAAGUUUAAGUGUCCGGAGCGGCCGAUCGACAAGCCUCUUCGAUUUUCCGUCAACGACAUUUUCAAAGGCACAGGCUCUGGAUUCCACGUUUUCGGUCACGUGGAGACUGGACUGGUUGCUGUGGGCAAAAAAAUUUUGAUCCUGCCGCGAAACGAAGUGGCACAUGUUAAAGGUUCGUUGUUUAGAAUUUAAAUAUCUAAAAUAUAUAAAUAUCUCGCGUCUCCGCCGCUGCCACCUUUUCAGAAAUCGAAAUAUAAAUUAUAAAUAUAAGAUAGCA